AUGGGGACAAAACAGACUCACAUCAAUGCAGCUCAUCAGUCUGGCUUCUUGCUGAGGGCAGCCCUGCUCUCUGUCCUGUUGUGCAGCCCGAGGCGUGUGGCGUCCGACUCGGAUGAGGGGAUCCUGACUGACUGGGAGAUCUGGAAGAGCAGCAACGGCGUAACCUACGAUGAUCUGGACGACAUGCAGAGGAGGGCGAUCUGGGAGGAGAACAAGCAGAAGAUCAAUGACAAUAAUCAAGGUUUUUUUAUGGGGAUCAGGCCGUUCGCUAUGGCUAUGAAUAAAUAUGGAGACCUGACACAACAAGAAUCCCAGGUGUUGCAAGGUGCCGCGAUAAACGCCCAGUUUGUGCACAGAGGGAAGACGGUCUCUGCUCGACGGCUGCACAACAAUGCUCGGAAGCUAGAUGCUUGGUUUGUCGACUACAGGAACAUGGGUUAUGUCACUGAGGUGAAAGAUCAGGGUUACUGUGGCUCCUGCUGGGCCUUCAGCACCACAGGAGCUAUCGAGGGACAAAUCUACAAGAAAACCGGUCAGCUUGUCUCCUUGAGUGAGCAAAACUUGGUGGACUGCUCCAAAGCAUACGGCACCUUUGGCUGCAGCGGUGCCUGGAUGGGCAACGCCUACGACUAUGUGGUGAACAACGGGCUUCAGUCGACAAGCACCUACCCGUACACCUCAGUGGAUACUCAGCCCUGUUAUUACGACAGCAGACUUGCGGUCGCUCAUAUCAAAGACUACAGGUUCAUACCCAAAGGAGACGAGCAGGCCCUGGCUGACGCUGUGGCAACCAUUGGUCCAAUCACAGUGGCCAUUGAUGCGGAUCAUGCAAGCUUCCUGUUCUACAGCUCAGGAAUAUACGAUGAGCCGACCUGUAACCCUAAUAAUCUGAGUCACGCUGUUCUGCUGGUUGGUUACGGCUCUGACGGAGGACAAGACUACUGGAUCUUAAAAAACAGCUGGGGCAGCAGCUGGGGUGAAGGCGGCUACAUGCGAAUGGUCCGGGACGGCAGUAACACAUGUGGCAUUGCAAGUUAUGCCCUGUACCCUAUUAUAUAA